CGACCAUCCGUGCAGUCACUUUUCGGAUUAACCACUGUCGAUGGGAGCAAGUCGAUGAGUGCAUUCAAGAAAAGCAUGCACCACUCGCAUGAGGGAAGGACGGGAUGGAGGAAGGGAGGGAGGGAGGGAUGGAGGGAGGGAGGGGGACAAAGGAUGUGCAGGUGGAGAGAGAGAUGCAUGGUGCACUAGAGGAGGAGUGCAUACAAACGUACGUACACGCAGAGGCAGGCAGGAAGAUCCACCCAGCGUCACAGGAGGCACCGACGAGUGCCGUGGCAUGACCGACUCCCGACACUAUCUGCAAAGCUAAACAAAGCCAUACGAUCAAGGAUGCUUUCUGUCAUAAUGCUCCUCUCUCUGCAGUGCCUGUAAACCAGCUUCUCACACCAGCAAAUCUGAGACUUGCCCAUUCAACGUGCCCAUCAGGCGUCAAUCGGUAUCUGUGUCGCGCCCCGCCACUUUCCGUCAACUACACCGUCAUACUGCGCCUUCACACCCGACUCGCUGUAUUUCGCCCCAUCAGCAACAACACGAUUGCCGUCGCCAUCGAAAAACCUCCCACCAAACACUAUCUGCAGCCGGUGAAGAAAGCGUGUGUCGGUCGUCCGUCUCUCUGCUUUGGUUUGUUCAUGCGUGUGAGUGUGUGAAUGGCAUACCUGUGGCCAUCCGGUGAUGAGCUUCAAGACGGCCUGGGGGAUGGUGAGGAACUUAACAUAACUGCCAGAGCCGCUCACCCGCCGAAUGCGUGGCACUAAAUAGUCCGCAACAGUGUCGGGCUCCUCACACAAAGUAUUGAAAAACCUGAAAGGGCGACCACAGGCAAGCAGCUAGAGCUGGACAGAUGGAUGGCUGGAGUGCCUGCCUUCCCUGUCUAAUCCAUACCUGCGAAAGGCCGGUGUGGAGUCGGCCAGGAGUAAAUCUGUUAGCACCAUCCCUGGGCUCAAAUUGUGCACGCCUAUCUGACGCAGCCACAGACAUGCACGGUCAUGCAGACAGGGAGGGACACACAAUCGACACUGGGGAGGAGCUGACCUUGUUGUGAUUUGCUUCCUUGAGCUCUUCCCUGAUGGAGGCCGAUAACUGCGGCAUGGCGCGCUUGGAGGCGCCGUAUGCAGCGUAUCCCUUUGUUGCGCCGCCCUCUACACCUGCACCAUCCAUGUUGAAGAUAUGGCCGCCCUGCUCUUGCCUCGACAUGAUCUGAAGCCCCACAAGUACACGCCCGCACAACACAUCGUCAAGUAAGCAGCCAUCCCUGCGUGGUCCGCACCUCGAUUGCCUUCUUGCAGCAGAGAAGGGUGCCGAGAAGGUUCGUGUCCAGCACUUGUUUGAGGUCGUCGGGCGUCAAGUCAGACAGGCGCCGCCGCUUCCCAGCCACCGUCCCUGCGUUGUUGACCCACACAUCAAUGUGCCCAAGCUGCUCGACGCAGAAGUCCCCAAGCCUCUCGACGUCUUGAGGGCUCCCCACGUCACACAGGAUGCCCCCCACAGAUGCCUUCGCACCGUCAUUGGCAACACCAGGAUCUCUUCUCAGGGCCUCCACUGCCAUCGCCAGGCGGUCAGCAUCACGCCCGCAGACGAUCACUCUGUCGCCCUCUCUCAAAAAUCUCUGCAAUCCAUCCAUCGCAGACAGCCACUCAAACUGUCAUCUGGUGUCCAUCUGUCCCAUCUAUCCCACCUUUGCCAGGGCGUAUCCGACUCCUUUGGUCCCUCCAGUAAUGACCACGUUUUUGCUGGUGGUGCUCUGCAGCCUUGAGAUCUUUCUCUCAGCGUGCGGUCUGCGAGCGGCCGUGCUGGGAAAGGACGGGGAUGAGUCCGGAAAGCCAGACGCUAAAACAGCCGUGCACAGGUGCACUAUUAGGCUCAACAUUCACCCUUGCCGAUGAAAAUUCCUCGGGGUUAGGUGGGUUUGAG